UCUUACUAUCUCUCUCUCUCUUGCAUCUUCUCUCUCUCUCUCUCUCUCUCUAAAUGGAAGCUCUCACCUUUAUGAAAUUCUGGCUAACCAACACCACCGUCAAUAAACCCCGCCGUGAAACCAGAAUCUCAGAAUCCGCCGUCGGAUCCUCCGCCGCACUAGAAGAUUCCCAAGUUGAUCUCUGCGAGGGAGAUGAUUCCUUCUUCGAGCUCGAGAUCUCUCUCUCCGACUUCUCCUUACAUAAAAACAAAACCCCUGAAGAAAAACACACGACGUUCUCUGUCUCUAAAAGCAAAGUCAUCCCUUUCGUCGAACCCACUUCAAAACCUCAAUCUCCGACAACUCCACUAAACUCCGGUCGAAAGUUUCGUGCUUUCUCCUUUAAGAAGAAAGAAAACAACAGAAGCCUCAACGUAAUGUUCAAAACCGAAGACGAAACAACAACAAGAAGCUUAAGAAAAACGACGACCACUGCGAAGUCACAGCUCAAACCCGACACGAUGUUCUUCGAGGACUCUGUUUCCUCUGUUUCUUCAUCAAAGAGAUUCUUUGACCUCAUAAAGCCUCUAUACAACAAAACAACCAAGAAACAGAGCGUCAACAGUGUAUCCACAUCUCCUGCGUCUUCACCGGCGACGGCGAGGGAGAAACAGAGGAAUAAUAAACCGUCAGGGAUUCGAAGACAGCUUGGGAAGAGCCGGUCGGCGUCUGCGACUUUGUCUCCGGCGAAGAGAGUCGACGAGUCUUUACAGGUGCAACAAGAUGGGAUUCAAAGCGCCAUUCUCCACUGCAAGAAAUCGUUUCAAGGGUCAGAAUCUUAUAUGCUAUCGCGAUCUUGCAGUGAAUCUUACUCGCAAGAGAAACUCAGUACUUCGUCGUAUGAAGAUUCGUAUUUGUUUUCAAGAUUAUCAAGCGAAUCAAUGUCGGAGAAAUCAUUCGAUAGCCUGACUUCAAUCAAGGAACAGAGGGAGAAGAUUAGCGAUUAGUUUUUUUUUGUAUUAAGAUAUUUUAGUUCCCUUUGAAAAAUUAGUUUAAAAUGGCGAUGAAGAUGGGAAAAUAGAAAAAUCUUGUUGCAGGAUCAGUAAUGUUUCAGAUUAGUGAUGUGUCUCAUUUUUUUGCUUUAUGUAGUGACGGAUCAUUAUGUGAAUCCUGACACCUAGAAAA